ACGUUGAUUCGCAAUGACAACCGUUGAUACUUUGCCUCUGAUUACGGCGGCUGUGGACGAGCUCAAGCGCGCCAAAGAGCCCCAGUACCACUUUCUCGACUUGCAGCACGCGCUGGUCGGAGCCGAAGCCGAGCAGACCGCCGCCGCUGAUGUUCUUGUGUUCAAGGAAAACUUGUCCAAGCUCAAGUUUAACUUUAUCGAGCUGGAAACCAAAAGCGCCUUCUUGAUGCACGUUGGGCAGAACACUGCCUUCCCAUCGUCCACUGAGCUGGCAGCAGAGGAGAGCAAAAAGUCUCAAGCACAGGCACAUUACAAAAACCUCAAAAAGCAAGCAUCUCAAGUGCGAACGGAGAUUGCAGAGAUCGCCAAGACGAUUGAUCGCGAAUUCACCGAGCUCCAAGGCAAACUCGCGGAACUGGCCGCCGUCAUUUCCGAGCUGGAGCAAACACAACAUGAAUCACAGCAGCUGAUUUCGCGGCAACCGCAGCCAAUGAUACUGGAAGGAAGGACGGUGAAUGCAAACGAACUGGAGGCCAUUGUUCAGCAACAGCAAGAGCUGCUUGGCCAACUCGCCAGCGAGCGCGAGAUGGUUGCCAAGCAAAUUGCUGAUCUGCAGCGUGCCAAGCAUGCUCUUGAAUCGGAUCCGGAGAGUGUGCGCCAAGCGGCGGCGUCUGGUGCUAGUGGCAUGGACCAGGCCGUCGAGCAAGCCCAGCUGGUUGAAAUGCAAGCAUGGUUUGUGUCCAUGACGGCCGCUCUGGCCAAGCUCGGGGGUGUAGAGCUGUUGGACGUCCAGCCUCAGUCGAUGACCAUCCGCAUUCUGUUGAACAACUCCAAGACUGUUGACAUGUUCUUGCAAUUCUCAAAACGAUCGAGCGCAGUCAAGCUGGAAGCUGCUCAGCUCAUGUCGAGCAAUACCUCUGUGGCAGAUUUGGUGGAGCAAGCGGUGAUUUUGAACGAUGUGCCCUUCUUGAUUUCAGAGCUCAGACAUCGUCUGUCACGUUAGUCGCUCUGCCUGGCCGAUGGCCUUUUUUGGUUGUGUCGUUGUUUCUGUAAAUUUCUCAAACAGUGACGAAGAACGUGUGCCUUUGGUAUGCGUUAUGAC